AUGAAAAUCAUAGAUAAGUCAAAUUCGAUAUUAAGAGUGGCUAACAAGGAUACAGAGAAGAUGUCGCUGCUGGCUCCAAGAAGAGUACAGCUCGAUUGGGCUCACAGCAUUCCAUGGGAGCAGGAGCCCUCGUGCGACAGGGAGUCCUCUCUGAAACAGUUGGCACCGCACGCCUCGCGGAGAUCAGAGUCAUCCUCGUCGACGUCGUCGGCGGACACCGAGUCGCAGGGCUCCGGGCCCGCCUCGCCGCCCCAGGCUCAGCAGCAGCAGCAGCGCACGCGACGCCAUGAGCUCCAGAGGGUGGAGCGGCGCGAGGAGGCCGCCAGCGCCACUCGAGUGCAGCCCAACCCGUUAUUGAGGUCGCGCACCCUCCCCAACUUCGGGGGCAACCGGUCGCGCGAGGCGUCUCGCUGCGACACGUCGCGGCGCGCCCACCACAUCACCAUGGCCUCCGAGGACCUGCUGCAGCCGGGCCACGUGGUCAAGGAGCGCUGGAAGGUGGUCAAGAAGAUCGGAGGCGGCGGCUUCGGUGAGAUCUACGAAGGCCUGGAUCUGGUGACUCAGGAGCAGGUGGCGCUCAAGGUGGAGUCCGCCCGUCAGCCGAAGCAGGUUCUGAAGAUGGAGGUGGCCGUGUUGAAGAAGCUUCAAGGCAAGGAGCACGUGUGCCGCUUCAUCGGGUGCGGGCGCAACGCGCGCUUCAACUACGUGGUGAUGCAGCUGCAGGGCAGGAACCUGGCGGAGCUGAGGAGGGCGCAGCCCAGGGGCGCCUUCUCGCUCUCCACCACGCUGCGGUUGGGUUUGCAAAUAUUAAAAGCAAUAGACUCAAUACAUUCGGUGGGAUUUUUGCACAGAGAUAUUAAACCAAGCAACUUCAGCAUCGGGCGGCACCCGUCCAACUGCCGGCGCGUGUACAUGCUGGACUUCGGGCUGGCGCGCCAGUACACCACCAGCAACGGGCAGGUGCGCCCGCCGCGCGCCGCCGCCGGCUUCAGGGGCACGGUGCGGUACGCGUCGAUCAACGCGCACAAGAACAAGGAGAUGGGGCGCCACGACGACCUCUGGUCGCUCUUCUACAUGCUGGUGGAGUUCGUCAACGGGCAGCUGCCGUGGCGCAAGAUCAAGGACAAGGAGCAGGUGGGGCUGAUGAAGGAGAAGUACGACCACCGGCUGCUGCUGAAGCACCUGCCGUCGGAGCUGCGCCAGUUCCUGGAGCACGUGCAGCAGCUGGAGUACGCCGACACGCCCGACUACGGCAUGCUCACCUCGCUGCUCGAGCGCUGCUGCAAGCGGCGCGGCAUCCGAGACGCCGACCCCUACGACUGGGAGAAGGACGCCGUGGCGGCGGGGGCCCGCGCGCGCGCCGCGCUGGCGCCGCCCGAGCCCGCCGCGGAGCCGGAGCCCGCGCCCGACCGGGCGCGGCGCCGGCUCGAGACGGAGGCGACGGCGGCCGUGGCGACGGACACGCACACGCACACGCACAAGGAGAAGCGCGCGCAGCCCGCCUCGCCGCGCCACGCCCACGCCCACGCGCACGCGCACGCGCCGCCCGCCCACGUGAACGGAUACUCGGCCGCGGAGAAGGCGACGCCGGAGAAGGAGGCCGAGGCGCGCAGCGGCGCCGCCCCCUCGCCCUCGCCCGACCGACACCCGCACAAGGUUUCUCACUGCCACUUCCUCUCGCGGAACCGGAGGCGGGCC